AUGUCAGGAUCAGCAUCAUCAUUAAAAAGUCACUUUGAAAAGGAAAUUGAAAGAGCUAACGAACCAGCAGGGAGAAAGGAGCGUGUCUGGACGCCUAAAUCAGACGAUUCAUACAAUCGUCAAACUACAAAACAAGUGGCUGGAGGUCCACCACCAAAAAAAUCAAUCAGUGAUUUACCAUAG